AUGCAAUUAAAUUGGAGAUUAAUUUAGUUCUAUUCAAAAAAUAUAUUGAAUGUUACUAUUGGACUGCUUUUAUAUUUAUAUGAUGUUAGUUUAAUACCCUCUCUUGUACUAUUUAUUGUGAAUGGAAUGAUUUUGAUAAUCAGUUUAAUGAUCAUUCAAAAAAGAAAAUUAAUUCCUAAAAUAUAUUUUGAAUGGUUUAUGAAUAUUACACUAAGUGCCCAUAUAUCAUAUUGUUGUUUUUUAGAUAAGGAUUUAACUAGAACUGCUUAUAUUUUAUUAAAAGCUUAAGAAAUUUAGAUGGUUAAAAAAUAAUCAGCAACAAAAUCCUUGUUGUUGCAUUUAGUUUACAACAUUUUAUUUUUUAUCUUAUUUAUAAUUCAUAAAGAAAAUACAAUCCUCUAUAUUGUCACUAUGUAUUGCACUAUUUCACUAUAUAAGUUAAAAAAGUCUGGAAUUAUGUAAUAAAAUUAAGAAUUCGAAUUGCCAGCAUAGAUGACAAAACCCACACAGCGAAAUUCUGAAAUAAUCAAUUUAAUAUAAGACUCUAUAAGUAAUUCAUGGUUGAUUAGAUUAUAAAACAUACCAGUAGGAAUCAUGAUUGUAAAAAAGGAUAAUCUAUAAAUUAUGUUUUAGAAUUAAUCUCUACUCCAAAUGUUUGAUGGUAUAAAAGACAUAACCAAAUUUCUAAUGAAUGAAUUACAAUUCAAGCUAUAAAUUAAAAGAAAAAGGAAAUAGGUUAAAGAGACAAGUAUUAAAUUACCAAAAUAAUCCCCUAAAUAACAUAAUAGUGUUCCAUAAUUUUUUAGUUGUAAUAAAAUGCCUAGUAUAUAAAAGUUACCAAAUACUUUAAAUGAAAUAUUGUUAGAAUUAUAAAAUGGGAAUCUAGAUUAAUUUUAUUCAAAAGAAAACAAUUUAGAACUUUUAGCUUAAUUAUCAAAAUCUAAAUAGCCUGCAUUUCAUGAAGAAGAUUAUACUAGAAGUAUUUAAUGUAAAAUAUUUUGUGGUUAAAAUGAUCAUGAAUAUUUGAUUAUAAUGGAUGAUAUUUCAUUACAAAGUUAUUUAUAAAAAUUAGAGACAAGAGAAAAAUUUUAAGUUAGAAUUAUUGAUUCUUUUUCUCAUGAAUUAAGAACUCCUUUAAAUAGUGCAAAAUUAUUUCUUGAUGGUCUUAUUAAUGAUCCUAGUAUCAAUGAUCAUCAUAAAUAUAAUUUUAUUUAUCCUGCUUCGAAUGCUUUGAAAUUAUAAGCAUAUUUAAUUAGGGAUAUUAUAGAUUUUACUUAAUUUCAUUCACAAAUCAUUAAGUAUAAAUUUGAAGAAUUCAAUUUUGAAGAUAUUGUCUAAGAAGUAAAUGAUAUUUUUAGACCUAUACUUUAAAUGAAAAGUCUUGGAUUACAUAUUAAUGUAAAGAAUUCAGUCCCUCCAUUAAUAUAUUCAGAUUUUGAUAGAAUUAUGUAAAUUUUAGUAAAUUUAAUCUCGAAUUCAAUUAAAUUUUCAGAGAGAGGUUUAAUUAUCUUAGAAAUCUCUUGUCAUGAAACUACUCUAACUUUUUGUGUUAAAGAUUAAGGAGUAGGGAUAGAAAAUGAUCAAUUAUAGAAAAUUUAAGAAUUCUUAAAAUCCUUUAAUUUAAACAGAGACUUUUCAUGUCAUGAUGAAUGGUAAGGAUUAGGAUUACUUGUUAGUUAAAUGAAUUUAUUUAAAUUAGCCCCAUUAAGCAAAACUUAAUUGAGAAUAAAUUCGAAUGGAUUAGGUGAAGGAACAUAAAUUACAUUUAAAAUAAGAACAACUUAAUCUUCAAAUACUCAAAUCUUAGGUGGUACAAUUAUUAAAAGGUAAAGCUUAAGAACUGCAUAUACAGUACCUGAUCUAUGUAUGGGAAUUUAGGGGAUAUUAAUUAUUAAUAAUCCAAAAUGUGAUGAUUUAAUGUUUGAUAAACAACUUUAAUAAAUUCCAAUUAGACAUCAUUCAUCAAUAGCAAAUUAUUUUCGACCCUAAUAAUCAACUGGAUUAUUAAAUUAAUAUGUAUAAUAAGAAACAGAUAUUAUGCAAGAGGAGGAUACAUAAAGAGGAAAUCUUUAAGACAAUUUACUUAAAUUGAAUAAAACAUCCAAAUCAUACUCUGUUUUUAUCAAUAAUAAAGAUUUGAAAGAAAAAUCAAUAAAAAGAAGAAAAAAAUCUUCGUUUAGCAUCUCAGAGAUUGAUAUAUAAUCAAGUAAAAGACCUAACACAUUAAUCUCAAGAUUGAUUUAAAGAGAGGAAUAAGAAAUAGAAAUGGAAGAGAAGUUUGAGAAUUUAUAAUUCCCUUGUUAAUGUGCAAGAAUAUUAUCAGUAGAUGAUGAUCUCUUUAAUCAAAAAGCUUUAUAAGUAAUCAUUGGUUAGAUGGGGUUUAGAUUAUUGAUAGUAAUUUUAAUUUUAAUUAAAUAGGCAUAUAAUGGGUAUUAGGCUAUUGAAUUGAUAUAAAGUACUGAGAAAUGCUCUGAAUUUUGUAGAUUGUUUCAUUUUAUUUUAAUGGAUUGUUAAAUGCCUAUAAUGGAUGGGUGGACAACCACAAAAAUCCUUAUGGAUCUCAUAAGAGAUAAAAUAAUACCAGAUAUACCAAUUAUAGGAUUGACUGCAUUUAAUUCAGCAGAGGAUAUCAAUAGAUGUUUAGAGGUUGGAAUGAGAGAUGUUUUGACAAAGCCCUUAAAUAUAAACUAGCUAAAAUAAGUUUUGCUAAAAUUAUUUAAUUGA